GGCGAUACGAUCUCACGGCAAAUGUGAAAAGCAACAAUGGAGACGAUGCUAUAAUUAAACUCCUGCGACGAUCUCUCUUCUGUCAUGUUAUUCUUCCGAUCCUUCGAUUCGCUCUACUUCGUGUUCCCGAUCCCAAAGUGGUGCGUGCCGGUCUUCCUCUUGUUGUUGCGGCAAACCGAAUUCUUCCGAUCAAAAGUUUGGUUCCUGGUCGUCGGAUAAGAAGUGAGGGAUAGAAGAGUUCUUUUCUUCAUUUGGUAUCGGGUUUUGGGGCGGUUUUUGUGUUUUGGUUUUUGAGCAUUGCCUUUUUGGUCCAGUUGAGGAUCUUCGACUGUGGGUUAUGGUGAUCUACGGCUGGUUAAGGUUAAAGAAUGGUCUUUAAUUUGUUGGUUUUGGUAACUGAUGGAUGAAUGCAGGUGCUGGGGAUCUUGUUGGAUACGAAGGCCGGUUUCCGUGCGACUGGAUCUUGAGAUGUUGGAGCAGUAGACGAGGUGACUUUUGCUUCGGCUGCGCGAUCCAUCUCUAGAUUCGAUGCGCAUCUACUUUGUCGAGAUGAUGUGCUAAAGAUGACUUCUUCUAUUCUGUUUUUUGAUGAUUUUUAUGUGAUGGUUGCAGAGUAAUAUUGAUUCUGAGUAGAAGCAUAAAGUGCAGUUCAAUACUUCUGAAGCUCGUACACUGAGAAGGUUGUUCAUUGAUGGCUCGCGAGAAAAUUUUAGAAUGUCCUGAGGGUUCCACUUGUUUUGAUCAGAGCAAAGAAAGAAUACCUGAUGUAGGAAACUCUGAAAACGAGCUUGGGAGAAGAAAAAUAGGAUCUUCAAAGAAAAAAGCAUCGCAUGCCUCCACUAAACUUACUCAUCCCCUCAAGAAGCGGAGUAAGAGGAAAGUUGAAUUCAGGGUUCCUUCAUUUUCUAUUGAGGAUGUGAGAGAUGCUGAAGAGGAGCGAGCUGUCCAAGCAUUCCGGCAAGAACUCAUUGCCAAACAUGUAUUGCCUGAUAAGUUUGAUGACUACCAUACAUUGCUCAGAUUCCUUAAAUCCAGGAAAUUUGAUUUGACGAAAGCAAAACAGAUGUGGGUAGAGAUGCUUCGAUGGAGAAAACAAUUUGGAACAGACUCGAUUCUGGAGGACUUUGAUUUUGAAGAGCUGGAGGAUGUCUUGCAGUAUUAUCCUCAGGGGUAUCAUGGGGUUGAUAAGGAGGGAAGACCUGUCUAUAUUGAGAGGCUUGGAAGUGUUGAGCCUGACAAGCUUAUGCACAUAACUACAGUGGAGCGCUACUUGAAAUAUCAUGUUCAAGAGUUUGAGAGAACCCUGAAUGAGAAAUUUCCUGCUUGUUCUAUUUCUGCCAAAAGACAUAUCAGUUCAACAACGACAAUAUUAGAUGUACAGGGAGUAGGACUGAAGAAUUUCAGCAAAACAGCAAGGGAUUUGUUGUUUAAGAUGAACAAGAUAGACACCGAGUACUACCCUGAGACGCUUCAUCAAAUGUUUGUGAUAAAUGCCGGGCAUGGUUUUAAACUUCUGUGGGGCACUGUAAAAGGAUUCCUUGAUUCCAAAACAACUUCAAAGAUACAUGUUCUUAGCACAAGGUACCAGAGUAAGCUUCUUGAAGCAGUUGAUUCGAGCCAAUUGCCUGAUUUUCUUGGUGGCACAUGUACUUGCCACAAUCAGGGAGGAUGUCUCAGGUCUAAUAAAGGACCCUGGAAUGACCCAAUUAUAAUGAAGAUUGUAAAUUGCAUUGGAACAUCAUGUACUUGGGAAAUCAGGCACAGAGAUGACAAUGAACAAACUAAUGCCUCGUAUCCCAGGCGACAUCCAUCAAAGCAGAAAAGUAAAAGAGUUAAGUCAGUUGCUGAAUCAAGAUCUGAGGUAGACUUUCUUGAUUCUCCAGUCACAUCAACUUCUGAAUAUACUCAUUUAGCUCUGGUCAGAGCAGCAGAUUCUACAAAUGCAUAUGGCUGUUCUAACCAUGUUGUGCCUGAUGCUAUACUUGUAGGAGCUGGUGGUAAAAUACCAGUAUCAAGUGUGAACUGGUCUGAUGAAGAAAAGGACCAUAGUCCUUUUCCUGCUAGAACAUCACCUUCAUUAGGCAACUUGUCCUUUGAAGGUUACAAUACCACUGAGAAUGAGUCAAGAGGAAGACUGCAAUCUUAUGGUAGAGGAUUGAUCACUUUGUUGGUAAAUGUAUUGUCCUUCCUUCUUACCCUUCGGUCUAGACCACACCAUAGACUUCACACAUCAGAUAGACUGAGCUUGAUAACUGAUAAACAUUCAAACUUGGGAUCUGCCAAGGAAGAUGAUGUCGCUCCAUGUAUCAAACGUCUUGAUAAGCUGGAGUCAUUGUUUAAUGAACUUAGCAGAAAACCUGCAGAAAUUCCACAGGAGAAAGAGCAUGCAAUCCUGGAUUCAAUGAACAGGAUAAAAAAUAUUGAGUUGGAUCUUCACAAGACAAACAAGGUAUUGCAAACAACUGUGAUGAAGCAACUGGAGAUUGAAGCGUCUUUAGAAGCUCUAAAUGACACAAUUUUUAUGGCUCCUGAAGUGAGAAGAGACUUGCCGCUCUUAAUUUCUCAAACUCUUAUCAAGGAUUUCGAAUAGAGUUCUUCAACGUGUUGAUCUUCCAGUUCAUAGGAGAAAAUUUUGUUGAUGCCUCAAGAUAAAACAGAGAUUAUCAUAUUUCCUUCCCCAGCCCCUGAUUUUUUUUUUAAAAUGUUUCGGCUCGAGAAUGAAAGUAGAAGAAAGGAGUUGAACGGGUUAAUUAGGAUGGCCACGCUGCAUCUAGCAGAUUGUUUGGAAAAUGGAAAAAAAAAAUACAAGAGUUAAGAAAGGGCCAAGUAGAUAGAUAAAAACAUGAAUUUUUAGGCUUUUUUGCUUCCUUUUAUCUUAGUUUCCCAUUUGUUCUAGUGUUGGUGUUUUUUUCCCCCUUUCCUGGAUGCAAUAUAUGUAAAUAAUUUUGUAAUAUGAUACUGCUAUUUGAUGCUUAAAUUCUGGCAUCUAGUAGACUUCAUGCUUCGGCAUCCUCAGA